AAAAAAAACUCAAGAGCGCAAAACAGUAAAAGAAAGAAAAACGCGCCACCUUCCAGCACCCGCCGGGCUGGAAAGGAGAAAACUCAUAUAAAAGAAAAGAAAAGGCAAGGCUCCAAGCCUAGGCGGUGGCAACUGGCGGCGCAGGGCAUAACUUCGUGUUUUCCUGUGGCCCCCGGUGGCGUCGGUAUACCUCUCCUUCCGCUCCGGCGGUUUGAGAGUCAGCGACACCUCUCGUAGCGCUGUGGUUCUUGGAUCCGGUUUGACGUCAGGUUGAGCACAUGAGGAGGGUUGUUCAGCACUGGCGGCUCUUUGGAGGUUGAUCUGCUCACACGGAUGAGGUGGUAGUGUGAUGCUUAUCUGAAGCGCAGCAGCAGUGAGUUUUCGGAUUCACUCACACUGUGCGACUCCCUACGCUUGGUCGUUCACCGCUAAAACGGGUGGUGUUUGGUCUUGCUGUAGUGCCUAAGCUCUCUCAAGCUUUCGCAAAGGACUUACUCUCAGGAUUCAUUAGCUGUAUAUGUCAGACAGUUACUCGCAGGCCAUAAGAGGCGAGCAAAGGGUUGAUUUUGCUGUUCGACAACGACAUAGGCAUAAUAGAUGCAUAAAGCAACAAAACACCUCUGUGCUGGCACAUCCCAGCCAGCUGCUGAAGGUGAGUAGGACGAUGAGAACAUUCAACCACAACCCUACUCAAGUUUCAUAACUAAGUGACAGAGGACGUGUUCAGCAGCAGGAGGGCAAAUAAGUGGCGAGUGAGUGCUCUCA